CCCUACCUCCAACUUCCAUUUAUGGCAAAGGGUGACAGAACGAGUGUCAAAUAUUUUGGCAACAAAUCAGGUUACCGAGUACAAGGAAUGGUAAAAGUCGUCCUUUUUAGAUUUUUCUUUCCUUGCUCAUCAAGGUUGAAUGAGAGGCAUAUACAUGAAAUAAAUAAGUCUUUAACUUGCUUCGCAAGAAGUUUCGAAGCUAAGUUCAAAAUACAAGAGUUGUAAUAGAUAAAAUCAAAAUGCCCACGAUUAGUGAUGAUGGCUGGGUUAAUGAUAUGGAAGGGCCAGAAAGGCUUGAAAGAGCCAAAAUUCGUCGUGCUGAACAGAUUAAACGAUGGAAAAACAGAGAAAAUAAUACAGAAAACAAUGUCAAUAGAAAUAUUCAUCAAGAAAAAAAGAUUAAAUUUACGCCUAAUAUUGUUUUACUUGAUGCUGCGGCAAGAAAUGAUUUAAGUGAAGUUGCGAAACUUCUAGAAAGUGGGGUCAGUCCUGAUCUUGGAAACGAAGAUGGUUUAACAGCAUUACAUCAGAGUUGUAUAGAUGGUUGUGAGGAGAUGGUCAAAUAUUUGAUUGAAUACAAUGCAAAUAUCAAUGCUUGUGACAAUGAGUUAUGGACGCCAUUGCAUGCUGCUGCUGCAUGUGGUCAUCUUUCAAUUAUUCGAUAUUUGAUCGAUAAUGGUGGUGAUAUUUUGGCCAUGAAUCUUGAUGGCAACCUCCCAGCUGAUGUUGUGGAAGAUGACACUGAAGUUGAACAAUUUCUUGAAAGGGAAAUGGCAAAAUUAGGUUAUGAAGAAGAAGACCUAGAAGAAUUACGAUUAAGUCAAGGAAAACAACUUCUUGAUGAUUUGAAAGAUUCUGUAGAAAAUGGACGUAGUCUUGAUAUUCAAGAUUGGAAUGGAGCAACUGCUUUUCAUGUUGCUGCUGCUAAUGGAUGGAACCACAUAGUUGAUUUCUUGCUGGAAAAUGAAGCAGAUUUUGAAAUAGCUGAUAAUUCAGGAUGGCAACCAAUACAUGCUGCCGCAGCGUGGGGACAUGAAACUAUUCUUGAGAUCUUAGUUGCUAGUGGCGCAGAUCUUGAAUCUAAAACAAACGAUUUACAGACACCAUUAGAUCUUACUGAUGAAGAAGACAUCAUUGAGCUCAUUAAGGAACUUAAAACAAAACAAAUUUUAUAUCCAAGAACGGGCCGAGGUGUGAGAAGAAAACGAAGUAAUACUUCAAAUUCUUCUAUCAAGAGAUUAAGUAUUCAUGAGAAAUGUGAACUGUCUCACACAGACUCAAAAGCUUAUUGUGCUGCUCUGUUCACUCAACAAGAGAAUUCUAAUGAAGAACAUACUGAUGACUCCUCUCCUUUCAAAGAAAAACCGCCAAAGCAAAUGUCAGAUGCUCCCACAUCCCACAUAGAAAAUGAACAAUUGAAUUAUGCAAGUGAGCAUAAACAUGAUCAGGCAGAUCAGGUGAAAGAGACAAAAACAUUUCAUCUCAAAAUUGAGUUAAAAACUGACAGUCAGAAAAUUGACACAAAAACAGAUGAUCAGAAAUGGAAGACAAAAACAGAUGAUCAGAAAAUCAACACAAUAACAGAUGAUCAGAAAUGGAAGGCAAAAACAGAUGAUCAAAAAUGGAAGACAAAAACAGAUGAUCAGAAAAUUGAGAUGAAAACUGAUGAUCAGAAAUGAAAACUGAUGAUCAGAAAUGGAAGAACAAAACUGAUGAUCAGAAAAUUGACACAAAACAGAUGAUCAGAAAUGGAAGAGGAAAACAGAUAAUCAGAAAAUUGACACGAAAACAGAUGAUCAGAAAUGGAAGAGGAAAACAGAUGAUCAGAAAAUUGACACGAAAACAGAUGAUCAGAAAUGGAAGAUGAAAGCAGGACCGAGUGAUGUUAUAAAAGAUAGUAAAAUGUCCAGCCAAAAUGAGCAGAAUCUCCAAGCCGAAAAUUCAACAGAUAAAAGUGAUAACGAAAAAGAACAGAAGAACAAAGCAAAAAACAGGUGCCAAUUUCAAAGCCUCCACGUCUUAAAACGACUACAAGAAAUGAUCCACCAACGUAUAUAAAUCUUAAGAUUGAACCAAUUGAAUCCAGUAAGACAAUAGUUGAAAGAAAAGUUAGUACAGGCGAGGAGGUUACACAUAACGAUAGAUCGAUUGUUGCACAUGAAAAUAAAUGGAAUAGUAAAUAUGGACAGUCUUCAACUGAUAGAGACGAGAAUAUAACAAGAACUCUUCAAAAUAACGAAGAUAAAACCAACGUAAAAAAAAGUAACGAUGAAAGUUUAAAUGAAGAAAAAAUAAACUCAAAUGACAAGUCAAUUAAAGAAAAAGAUAAGAAACCACGUCAACGAACUCGAUUAUUAUCAUUACGUAAAUCAUCGUCAACGGACAAACGAAAAUCUCCAGAAACAUCAAACGACAGCUCGUUUAACAAAUCAUUUAGAAGUUCAAAAAAAGGAACUACUACAUCACGAAAACGAAGUUCAGAAAGUUCAAGCAAAAAACGUUGUAUUAUUGCUUAAAACGACCAUAGCUGAAUGGUAGGAGUACACCUCACUGGAGAGGAUAAAUUAUUUCUGUGAACAUUUUUUGUUUUAUCAUGUCAAAAAGCGUCGUAUUUAUUUUGUUUAUAGAAAUGAUUUUGUCGUUGAUUUACUAAACCAUAUGAAUAGUAAAUGAUUUCGUUGCAAGAACAAUUUAAUGUGUAAAUUAGCCAUUAGAAUUGUAGAAAAAAUUUGUUUAGGUGAAAUUGCAACUCAAUAGGAGCAGAAUAUUUUCUACAAAGAGUGAAUAUUUUCAAUAAAAUAUCAAUGUACUUUCUUA